UUGCAAGUCACGUGAGCUGCCAAAAUGGCGGCGCUGAGGGGUGAGGCUGGUGCAGACGUGAAAGAUGCCGGUGUGGUACCAUUAGGAACUGGGGAAGCGCCCAAGGACAUCAGAAUGGCAACAUAUACACGUGGUCAGCCUAGUCCUUCUCUAAGAGAUGCAAAACUCGGAAGACCAAUGGUCAUCGAAAUCAUAGAAAAAAAAUUUGAGUAUCUUCGAAAAGAAAAGGCCUUAAAUAUAUAUGGAACACUGACCCUUGGCACAACAGCUGGUUUUUCUGGAAUACUGGCAAACUUCAUUUUCAGACAUUGCUUCAAGGUUAAACAUGCUGCUUUGAAAACAUAUGCAUCAUUGACUACACUUCCAUUUUUAUCUACCAUAGUUGCUUACAAGCUCCUUGUAACCGAUGCUUUGUAUUCAGGUAACAUAAGCAAGGAAAACUGUGUCCUUAGAAGUUCACUGAUUGGCAUAGUAUCUGGUAUUUUAUAUCCCUCUAGUUUGGCUUUUUCUAAAAAUGGACGCCUGGCAGUCAGAUAUCAUACAGUUCCACUGCCACCGAAAGGAAGGGUUUUACUCCAUUGGAUGCUGCUUUGUCAAACAGAGAUAAAAGCAAUGGUGAUUCCUCUAGUCUUUCAGACAAUGUUUGGAAUUUGAAUACUUAUUGGUUUACAGCAUUAUUCACUGUUUGAAAAAACACUUGCAAAAAUGGUACAUGAAGAUUAAUCAAAGAAUGGGUACUGAUUCAGCAAAAUGUUUUUUUUUUUUUUAUGAUGAGUACUUGGAUAUUGUGGAAAAAAUUGAAAGUCACUCUGGACAGAGAACUUGUCUCUGUUUGGCCUGCUAUAUUGCAGAUACUUAAUAAAUAUUCAGUAAUUCAAU